AAGGCGGAGUCAGUUUGAGAUGGAGGAAAAAUAUUUAUUUUCGUCAAGUAUUGCAAUAACCGUUUGCUUGUUAGCCCCAGUAACUCUUCUACGAUAUUUUAGAAGUGACUUUGAUAACCGGUGGACCAAUUAGGAAAGCUUUACUUCUCCAUUGUAGCUGGUUAGCUCUUGUGCGAACUAGCCGGACGCUAGCGUUGUAUCCUAGCAGUGAGAUAUUUCCAGCAAACAGCAACUUCAGCUUCUGCUGUCUUCAUGGAUGUUGUCUUUGUUUUUCCCCACCUUGCUGACUGAAGAUAUAGAAGACUGGCGCUGAGCCUGACGAUCGGGUGCAUCAAGAAGCUGACAAAGGACUGUGGAGUGAGCUUUCAUAAAUGUUCAGCACAUCCUUGUAAUUAAGGUACAGUUCCCACUCAAGCAGCAGCGUAGGGUCACCAGUAUGGACCAAAAGAUCCCAAUUAAAGAAGAGGAGGAACUCUGGACCACUCAGGAGCGAGAGCAGCUUCAUUUUCAGCAUCCUUUUUACUUUUCUGUGAAAAAGGAAAAUGAUAAGAAACCUCAGAUCUCAUGUGGUCAACACCAGACUGAGCAGAACAGAGAGGAAGGGCCUUUAGCCAGAAAUCCAUCUGAAGUCCACAUGAAAACAGAAGCUGAUGAAGAGGGCUGCGAGGCAUCACAAGAAGUCGAUAACCUGAAUGAUAAAACUACACAUUAUUCCGAAUCUGUGACUGAUGACAGUGAUGAUUGGACAGAGGCCAUUGAGUCUCAGAUAAGUUUAAAUGCUCAGAGUAAUGUGAAAUGCAAUCCUGCUGAGAAGCAGUUCGGCUGCCCCAUGUGUUCAAAAAGCUUUAAUAACGAAGAUAAUCUGAAGGCACAUAUAGGAAUUCACUCAGGUGAGAAACAAUUUACCUGUUCCAAGUGCGAUCAAAGAUUUAGCAGAAAGAGCUACCUGAAGAGGCAUAUGAAGGUUCACACAGCAAAGAAACCGUUUAGUUGUAGUGAAUGCACCAAAACAUUUAGUGAAAAAAGGAGUCUGAAGGCGCAUAUGAGCAUUCAUACAGGAGAGAAACCAUUUAGCUGUCCUGAGUGUGCUAAAAGUUAUCUGGGUAAAUGGUACCUGAAGACGCACAUGAGAACUCACACGGGAGAGAAACCAUUCAGCUGUAAAGUGUGCGCUAAAAGAUUUCAUGAUAAGCGGAAAAUGAAAACACACAUGAAAAUUCAUACAGGUGAAAAGCAGUUUCAGUGUAUUGCGUGUGCUAAAACAUUUCGUCAUAAGGGAAAUCUGAACACUCAUAUGAGAAUUCAUACGGGAGAGAAACCAUUUUGCUGCUCUGUUUGCAGUCAAAAGUUUAGCCAAAAGAUCAAUCUGAAGACACACAUGAGGAGUCAUACAGGAGAGAAGCCAUUUAGCUGUAAUGAGUGUAUGAAGAGAUUUAAUCACCAGCACAAACUGAAGAUACAUAUGAGAAUUCACACAGGAGAGAAACCUUUUAGCUGUAUUGAGUGUGCUGAAAUAUUCAGUGAUAAAGCGCAUCUUACAACCCAUAUGAGAAUUCACACAGCUGAGAAUGUAUACAGUUUCAUACAGGAGAGAAACCAUUUAGCUGUAAUGAACGUGUUAGAAGAUUUCACAAUCAACACUAAAUGAAAAUGCAUGAGAAAAAUCACAUGGGAGAGAAACCAUUUAGCUAUUUUAUGUAUUUUUAAAUUGGAAAAGUCCUCAGGGGAAAAAAGUCAAAGGCUUGGAUAAAACAUCUGAGGCUUGUUUGAACCAUUAUAGAUUUCUUUCAUAAAAGAUUACAUUAACCUAAUUAAUAUUUAGGUUUAUAUGACAUAAUUUUCACUUGCCUUCAUCCAAAUUUUUAAUGCCAUGCUGCUCUGUAAUCAACAAAAUGUGUUCAUGAUUAACAGUCUGAAUUUAGCCCCUUUAACACUGAUCACUGUGUACCCCCUCUUGUAAUACUCUUCUGCCAUGACAUGGGAAUAAAAGUACAUCUCCCAUGAAUGUGAAACAAGGAAUGUGCUGUCUGGUAUACUAAAACUGUAUAUUUCAUCAUGAAAUGUGUAGAAUCAUAUUUAAUACUGACCUGAAUCAAGUGUGUGACGAAAAAUUGCUAUCUCAUCGCCCACAGGUGUGACCGGCUCGAGCAUUUUCUAAACCUUGCUAGGCUGUAUGAGUGAUAUGCAUGUUCUCUACAUCUCCUGUGAUUUUUUUAAUACUUACACUAGUGUUCAGAAUAAUAGUAGUGCUGUGUGACUAAAAAGAUUAAUCCAGGUUUUGAGUAUAUUUCUUAUUGUUACCUGGGAAACAAGGUACCAGUAGAUUC